CGGGACAGAUAUCAGGGCCAUCGUGUGGGUAUAUAAGCUGCGCCAAGUCAACUGAUUAAACACAUUUGGUGGCAUUCGCUUCACUGACAAUAACCAAAAAAUGAAAGCUGCUCUGAUUCUACUCUGUCUGGCUCUGUUCGUGGUGGCCAUCUACGCCGAUUGCGAUCCAAAUGGCAAUGGAUUACCCAACUGCUCCGGCACCAGCACCACCAGAUAUCGCAACAACUGGGAUCCCACACGCUACUGGGUCUGCGAGGGAAACACCCCAACCGUUGUCAAAUGCGAUAUCGGGCUCGGCUACGAUCCAGUCACAUCUGAAUGCAUUCCCUGGAGCCAAUGGCAGUGGUAUCCUGUAUGCUCAGAUUCUAACUAAGUUCUUUCAACUUUGGAAACAUUAAUUGCAAAUAAAAACAGAAAUCCUUUGCGUAAAGCAA